AUAUCAGAUAACAUUUCCACAAUGUUGUUAGCCAAGCAUCAAUAGCGCCUGCCCUACAGCCUUAUAUGAAAAACAAACAGAAUAUUCCACCGAGUUCAGUGGGAGGCAGGAUGUAACAGAGCAAGAAGGAGCAGCAGAAAACAGAUUACAACAGGUGUGAGUCUCCCUCGGUGCAGCCAUGGCAGACAGCUCGAACUGUUUCUACUGUCGGGAAGACCUCGGGGGGAAGAGGUUCGUUCGCAGCGAGGGGAAGCCCGUGUGUGUCCGCUGCCACACCAAGUUCUGCGCCAACUCCUGCGCCCAGUGCCACCGACCCAUCUCUGUGGAAGCCAAGGAGCUCAGCCAUAAGGGCCGGUACUGGCACGAGGAGUGUUUCCGCUGUGCCAAGUGUUACAAGCCUCUGGCUAAGGAGCCCUUCAACACCAAGGACGACCGCAUCAUGUGUGGAAAGUGCUGCUCCAGAGAGGACGCUCAACGCUGCCACUGCUGCUAUAAACCCAUACUGGCUGGCACAGAGAGUGUGGAGUACAAAGGCAACUCGUGGCACGACGAAUGUUUCACCUGCUUCAACUGUAAACGACCAAUCGGGUCGCAGAGUUUCCUCUCCAAAGGAAGUGACGUCUACUGCAGCCCCUGCUACGACAAGAAGUUCGCCAAACACUGCGUGUGCUGCAAAAAGGCCAUAACCUCUGGAGGAGUGAACUACCAGGACCAGCCGUGGCACAGCCACUGUUUUGUGUGCAGCUCCUGCUCCAAGCCUCUGGCAGGGACGAGUUUCACCAACCACCAGGAUCAGGUGUUCUGUGUCGACUGCUACAAGAACUCUGUGGCCAAGAAGUGCAGCGGCUGCCAGAACGCCAUCACUGGUUUCGGUAAGGGAGUGAACGUUGUGAACUACGAGGGCGGCUCCUGGCACGAGUACUGCUUCAACUGUAAGAGAUGCUCCCUCGGUCUGUCCAACAAGCCCUUUGUCAUGAAGGAAAGAGACAUCCUCUGCACCGACUGUGGCAACAAGUAGAGACGGAGGCUCACGGCCUCACAGCAGUGAAAACAUUGUCUUUAAGUUUCUGUUUGAUUUUGUGUCGCAGACGUUUUCUUGUAUUGUUUGAAAUUCAGAAAUCGAUGUAUUUUAGAUAAUACCUAUAUUUGAAAUACAUUUCUUAAAUCAGGAUGAUAUCAAUUGUAUUUUAUACAUCUACUUUUUAGCACAAAAAUAUCCUGCUUAUAUUAGUGACUUUAACGUCUUGUUAAUAUCUUGAUCGAUGACCAAAAAUUGUUUUUUAAUAAUCAAAUUUUUAUCUAUAUUUGUAUCUUCUAAUUACCAAGGGAUUAAUAUGGUUAUUGUGUUUUUUUCUGAGUAAAUAAACUUUUAUGCACUUUUCUAAACUGUUUUCCUCAAAGGAAAGAUGACAAAUAAAUAUAAAAUUGAAAUGUAUUGAAAUUGCAUGCUUUGAUGUGUUAAUUAUAUGAAAUAAACUUUAUACAAAACAGA